GGAACCAGGGCGAAGAUGAAGCAUUCACUAUCUGUGGUGUGUCUGUCACUUCUUUUGUUUCACACUCAUUUCUCACUGGCCAAGAGAGGAGGCGGCAGCUUUGGGAAAGGCUUGGGCGCAAAGAAGACUCACACGUCCAACCGAGGCAGCACCAACACCAAAAGUAACGCAGGCAACAAAAACAAUAAGGGCUCCGGCUCUCAGGCUGGAUACCCCCAACAGCCUGUACAACCCAAUCAGGCAGGCAGACCCGGGUAUCCAGCUGGUUACCCCCAGCAGCCGGGCUAUCCAGCACGGGGCUCCCCCUACGGAGGAGGUUAUGGCAGUCAAGGUGGUUACGGUGGUCAGGGCGGUUAUGGUGGUCGUGGUGGUUACGGCGGUCAGGGCGGUUAUGGAGGUGGAUACAUGAACCAGAACCCAAACAACAAAGUCCUGAGCCCUCAAUAUGGGGGCAGCUAUGGAUACGGGGGCCACGGUGCAGGCCGCGGCUCUCCCUUUUCCAACUCAGUUCAGCAGAUGGGCAUGUAUCCCAACGAUAGAUCCAGAGGGUUUGGACGCAGCGCGGUGAUGGCAGCAGCUGGAGGGGCUAUGGUGGGGAUGGCCCUGGGCUACGGUCUGGGAAGGUUCCCCCGUCCUCCCUUCAGCUUCCACAACCCCCAGGAGGAGCAUUACUACAACCACUACAUGCACAGGAGAUAUGGCACCCAGUCCACUGAUAACAACGACUACAGCAGAGACUACAGGUACAGCAAACCCCCUGAAACCUUUGAUGGAUACAUGGACCGCUGCAUGAAGAAAACCGACCUUCUGCCUGCGGAGAAUCCAAAGCCAAACAACAAACCAGCCAUUACAACUGCUGGAGUCACCUCAGCUCGAGACACCGGCACAGGCAGCAUCACAACGGAGACCAACAGCACUGCAGCAGACAACUCCUCAACCUCUGCACCUGCAACACGCCCUCUAAAUCAGCCCGCAGCCAAUCCAGCGCCUCCAGCUUCACAGGUUGGCAGCAGUGCUGAAGACGAUGACACGGUCAGCAUUACGGAGAUCGGCUACCCGGCUCUGAUUGAGCAGAUGAAGGCCAGGAGAUGCUUGGAGAUGUACAUGGACUACUCUGACAAGUACUUGAAGAGACUGAGCGAUGGGGUGCAGCGACUGGAGAUGGGCUUGCGAGGUCUAUUAGCUGUGGUCACCAGUACUACACUGAUGCUAACGCUGCUGCACUGAUUCCUUCAUAAGCAGUGAUGGAGAAUGUUUUCUGUUGAGGGGUGGGAAAUGAUUAGGGAGGAACCUCUUACUUUUUUAGGACUUUCUUUAUUGUGUGUGGAUUUCUACUUUUAAUUUUUUCUUAAUAUCGAGGCAUUACAUCCUCAUGCAUGUGCUUGGUUGGCGCCACACAGCUGGCACAGCGUCUCUUCUGAAAGAGAAAAGGGGCCAUUAACAGCACUCUAAUACUCCAAGCUUUUGAUGGUGGAGAAUCAGGCCCAUUAAUAUCCAUUCAGAUGUAAUUGAACAUGCAACGAGUGAUUAAAACCACCGCACGCUCUCUAACCAUAUAAAUAACGAGUGGCGCUACCACUGACUCAUCUUUCUGUCUUUGUGAUGUGUUUUUCAGAUUUGUUUUUAAUCUGUUUAAUUCAAGGAAACUGCGUCUUUGUUGUUUUUUUGUCUCAGCAUCUGAGAGGGUUAGUUGCGGGGCUGGUCCAGAGUCUGUCAUGGUGACGAUCUGCGUAACUGGUAAUAAUGGAUAUGGGCUUUCUAAAUGUGAUAUGAUUAUUGUUAACUCCAGGGACGUUGAUGUUAGACAGUUCAAAGAGUUGGAAAACAGUGAGCUAUCAAUUAAUACUGGACUUUCACUUAUCAAAUAUCUAUCAGUCUACUAUUACAUAUAUCACUGUUUAGUCUGAGAAAUGUUAGGGCUGGGCGAUAUAGAGAAAAUCAAAUAUCACAACAUUGCAACUAUAUCGUAGGGUUGACUAUUGACUAUGAUUAAUCAUCAGUAAUGUGGAUAUAAUGAACAGCUAGAACAGGCUGGUAAAUUACAUCACUUUACUGUAACGAAGCCUUUAAAAGCAGGAAAAGAAACUUACGCUAUAUUACGACAUCUCAGCCCGUUCACACAAAAAAGGCGUAUAAAUACCACGAUAAUGCGCAAGGUGUUUAGCGAACGAUAAAUACGCCUUUCUUGAUUUCCGCAUGUCAUUCGUACGGCAUGUAUCCUGUUCUGACUGCAAUGUAAACGCAUCCAACACGGGACUUGAUCGAGACCGUUGUUGACCGGUGUUUUGUUUUCUAAGUUAGGUUAGUGACGUUUGACGAAUGUCACGUUUUUUAUUGACGUUUGUGGCAUGAAUUUUGUAGUUGUUACGUUUUACUCAGUUUACGUACUUACUUAUCAAUAUAUUGUCCAGCCCUAACUAUGAGCAUGACUGAGUAUCUGUAAUGGAUCAUAUCUACUUAUUUCUUCAGAGCUUAGAUGGACUUUCAUCAUAUAAAGGGUCCAUUGAAAUACAGAAACUCAAACCAAAAAGACUGAUUAUUAUAUCUGUCGGUACUUAUUUCAUUUGGAUAAACCGACUCUCUAAAUACACAGACGUAUGCAUGCUGUUAUCAUAACACUCCUUAAAUGACUUUGGAAUCAAUACAAAACAAAGUGCGCUUUUUCUGAAUAUCUAUGUAUGUCGUCUUCACCUUUUUCCAUGUGAAUUGCUGCCCUCGCUUCGUACAGUGUGUUCUAUAUUUUCAGAUAUUUUUUAUAAACUGGCCUCCUUCCUCUCUGUCCCAGUUCUAUCCCCUGUUGUGCCUCACUCUUCUGUCUCUGGGGAGCUUAUGAUCGCUUCAUCUGAUGUGCAAAACCUGAGUCCAAUUCAUCUCCAAAUCCUACUGAAUGUCAUCUCGUAUUAUCAGAUACGUAUGUCCAGUACGACAUAAGAUUUAUACAAUCAUUUUUCUAAUCAUGGAAGCUAAAAAAUCUACUUAAAGAUCCCAUAUUAUAAAAAAGUGAGAUUUUCAUGUUUUUUUUAUUAUAAAGCAGGCUUAAGUCCUAUAUAAAUACUGUGAAAGUAUCGAAACACUCAAUCCACAGGGAAAUACACAC